AUGGAUCUCCUCCAGAAACACGGCCACCUCAAGCACAACCGCGAGAAAUCCCUUGCCCAGCGCGAGGAAGCCGAACAGCAAUAUCAAAAAAGCCAAGAAGGUACAUCCCGUCUACUUUCAUCACCCAACACGCAAGCAAUAGGUGAAUUCGGAGCUAACGAUGCCGUCAUAUAG